AUGAACUUUUCUGUUUGGUUUAGUGUGUGCCUGCAUACACAGCUCGAAAUAUAUUUUUUUCUAUGUAAUAUUUCUAUAUCCUUCAUCAACGUUGAAUUUCUUCUUCUUCUUCUUCUUCUUCUUCUUCUUCUUCUUCUUCUUUCCUUGUUAAAUCGGUAUUACCAGGAACUACCAAAAAUCCUGCGUAACGUACUCUCUCUCUCUCUUCCUCCACCUCUCUCUCUUCUUCCUCUCUCUCUCUCUCUUCCUGUCUCUCUCUCUCUCUUCCUGUCUCUCUCUCUCUCUCAAUCUCUGAGACUUGAUGGAGAUCAAAAGCGCCAGUAUGAUGUAACACUGUGCAAAUUUUCUUUUGGCUUUCUUUUAUUUAUCUCCUCUAUUUUCUUUAUUUCCCUUUUUCAUUUUCUCUUUUUUUCUUUCCUUUAUUUACUUUUCUUUUCUCUAGUUGCUUUUCUUCUUUUAUUUCAUCUCCUUUUGUUAAAUGUGCCUCAUCUUGACCUUAAUGGAAUAUUUUCUCUCAAUCACUUUCAGUUAUUGCUCGACACUAGUAGUAUAUUUUUUCGUUUUGAUCUAUCUAUCUAUCUAUCUAUCUAUCUAUCUAUCUAUCUAUCUAUCUAUCUAUCUGUCGUGUGCGCGUUACUUUAA